AGAACCAUGAAAGAAGGCCACAUAGACCUUGUGUUGGAAUGGGGGCAGAGCCUGUUUCAGUUUCUUUCCAGCCGUGACGAGGCGAUGGUACUGUCCGCUAAAUGUUUGGAGGGGCACGGUCAGAUUAGAAAAAGAAGUGGAAACCAGAAUGCAAAAGGAAACGAAACCUCCCAGAACAAGAACGCUUCUUCACAUGAUGAUACAAGAAAGCAAGCAAAGCAUAAACUGGCACAGAAUAUGCUUUUGAAAAUGAGGACUCACAGGGAAGUGCUGGCUAUGGAGAACUUGCUUGCUAUGAUUUCAUCUGUGAUGCAGCGCCAAAAGAAGAGGCUACAGCUGAGGCACACUUGCGCUGUGGAGAGGGUGUGGAGAUCACACCUGAACUACUGCAUGGCUCAGGCCCAUUUAGCAGUGUUUUACCAGCGUCUGCCCCAACAACACAGAGGAGACCUGGAGCAGAGAUACAGCCAGUUUCACCCUUUGUGUUUUUCUCUGGCUUACUCUGGUGUCCUGGUAUGGAGGAACAACUCGCAGCAACAUGAGUUGGAGUCUUCAAAUGAAGCUGUUUUACAUGAAGACUCAUCUGAUCACAUGGACUAUGUGAUGACAGCUCACAAAGAUAGAGGAAGAAAGGACGGUGAGAAGAAAAAGGCACACGGAAAAUAAAGUGAAGAGAAAAGCUAGC